UGGAGGCUACCUGCAAACAUUCUACACUCCGCGGCUUCCUCUCUAACGUCGCCAUGGAUUUCCCCUGGAGUAGGAGGAAGAGGAGAAGCCACCGCCAAAAAAUCCCCACGCCGCCGCCCGCUGCACACGUGCGUCGCCUCGUGCCUCUCCAUCGCGGGCAGAGCCGCCGCGAAGGCGCAGGAUCUCGACGCGCCGCUCGGACCCAUGGUGAAGAGGUCGAUCUCGACUUUCCACGCCUUCUGCCCCUCCUUCGUCCACGACGCCGCGAUUCGCUGCUCCGGCCUGGUAAUCGCCAUCGACGACCAAAUCCUCGCAAUCGAGGGUAAAAUCGAGGCGAAUUUCCCCCAAUCCGCGCCGCUCUUCGACGGAAUCGACGGCAUCGUCCUCCGCGCGGAGGCUCUGCCCGAGCAAAUCGACGACGCGGUGAGGAAAUUCCCGAUCCGCUUCCCGCUCCUCGAUUGGGCGAUCAUGCUCCUCAUCUCAUGGAUCACUUUCCUCCUCUCGAUCCUCAUCCGCCUCGGAUCUAAAUCCGCGAGGGAGAAGGAGAUCACCGUCGACCUCAACUGCAAAUCGCACAACAAAUCUAAGGAGCACACGAAAUCGGUGCAGUUCGAGAAGCCGUACUCCUACGCCGACGCAGCGAGGAACCACCACGCGCCGCCGCCGAAAUCGGUGCAGUUCGAAGAGGCACACGGCGAGGUAGUGCGUUUGUCGGUGAAGAGGAUGCAUUCGUGGAGGAGCAGGAUAAAGGCGCUGGAAGAGCCGCUGAACGCAGGGGAUUCGCCGAUGUACUCAUCCUACCAGUCGGCGAACACUUCUCCGGUGUCCGAUUGCUCGUCGCAAGACGAGAAUCACUCGUUCAACCAGACGCUGGGAUGCAGCACCUACAAGGAGGCGCUCGAGAAGGAGAAGGAGAAGGAAGAAGACGAGCCGAGCACGUAUAAAGAGGCGCUGGAGAAGGAGAAGAAGGAAAACGAGCCGAGCACGUAUAAAGAGGCGCUCGAGAAGGAGAAGAAGGAAAACGAGCCGAGCACGUACAAAGAGGCGCUCGAGAAGGAGAAGAAGGAAGACGAGACGCAGGAGGAGCCGAGCACGUAUAAGGAGGCGCUCGAGAAGGAAGACGAGACGCAGGAGGAGCCGAGCACGUAUAAGGAGGCGCUCGAGAAGGAAGUCGAGACGGAAGAGGAGGAGGAGGAGGAAGAAGAAGAAGAUGUAGAAUUGAAGGAUAUUGCGGUAGAAAACAUCGAAACCAAUUGAAGAAGUAAGUAAGCAAUUGUUUGUGGCAUACUGAUUUUUUGCAUGUAGAUCAUAUAUAUGUAUAACUUAGUUUUCUUUUUCUUGUUUUAAUGGAGUAUAAUACUCCAUGGCUGCCAUUAUUUGGCCAUUUGUAUCAUUUUGUUGU